AACAGCUGUAGAUGGAGCGAAUGUAGCACAAUGUAGCUCGUUAGGUUAGCACGCAUUAGCUUAAUAUUUUUCCUCCUGGUAUAUAUACAAAAUUACAUCCGCUGUUUCGAAACUAAAUAAAAUGGCGAGUACUGCUGUGGCAGCAGGUAUUGGCCUCGCUGCUGUGGGCUUUGCCGGUCGUUAUUUGCUCAAGAGAAUGCCAAAUUUAUCGCAGAAGAUGGCUGAGACGGUGAAGAAGCUAGAUUCCCAGUCAAUAGCGAACAACAAGUAUUAUAAGGGUGGUUUUGAUCCAAAAAUGACUAAGCGAGAAGCUAAACUAAUCUUGGGGGUGUCGCCCACAGCUAGUAAAGGGAAAAUAAAGGAUCAAUUUAAAAAAGUUAUGUCUGUAAAUCAUCCAGAUCGUGGUGGUUCUCCAUAUAUUGCUGCAAAAAUUAAUGAGGCAAAGGAUUUACUUGACAAAUAAUAAAACGAGAUUAUGUAGUACACAUUUGUAAUAUAUCUGAUUUUUAUGUUACUUUAGGAACCAAAUUUUAAUGUAUAUAGUUAUUAAUAUUAUUUUAUCUUGUAUAUUAUCUACUCUCUAUAAUAAAUAAGCUAUUUUUUUGAAGCUGGAUAC